AUGUUGCCCGCCCUCUCCCUCCCAGUCGAGACCGUCGAACGCGCGGUCAGUUUCCUACGUGGAGGCGCUCCCUCGCUCGCGGCCUGCUCCCUCACUUGUCACUCACUGCUGCCGGUAUCAAGCAUCCAUCUUUGGCACGAGGUCACCUGGCCCGUAGAGCUCGACACGCACAAUCAGCACUCACGCAGUACACGCGCUGAAGCAUUCAUACGCAUCCUGAACCGCAACCGCAACAUCGCCCCCUACUUGCGCUGGGUUGUCGUGUGUCCGCCGCCUGGGUAUAGCUAUAUCGACGGAAUGGAGUUAGACGGGACCACCUGGGCUACUCUCAGCGCGCAACUGUCUGCAAUUCGCUCUCUGCGGUUACGUGAUCUCUUGCUACUGGAUCUCGGCAAAGUAGUUCCAAAUAUCCGCGACCGGCCCCCCCUGGAGGUACUUGUUUUGAACAAUAUCGGCUCGAUGCUCGACAACUGUUCCUCUUGGCCUUCUUCACUCGUUCAACCUACUGCUCGGGCUGCAGCUGUCGGCGGAGAGUCUUCGCGGUGGGCGCUGCGCAAGCUGUCAGUCUUGGGCAACAUAAUAGCGAUCAAAGAACUCUCGCGCCUGGUGCUCUUCCUCGAGCAAUCGGCGGAGGCCGACUCCCUGAGAGUACUCGACAUCUGCCGUGCUAUGGCGCCGCCGGAUGAAACUCCCAGACGGCCUGUUGUCUUCCCUGGAAUUCCCGCUUUCGGAGAGUCGCUGCCCCACUUUGGGAUCACGUUCAGAGAUACCAAGCCCCAAGCGAAAAUCGCCAUCGACCCAGUAGGACGUGAGUGCUUUUUAGGAUACCCCCGCCCUAUGUGUACCCUCCUCUUGGAGGCCUGCAGAAGGCAGCUUAUGACGAUCACCCCCUUCCACAUAGGCGAGCACAUACAACGCGUCCUCUCGGAAUUGCCACGGUGCUCCUCUCUAAGGUCGCUGCGCCUCGGCUAUGAGCGCACCGGCCCGUUCAUACUUGGAGCACUCCUCCCGUCGAGAGCAGGGACAUCUUCAGGCUACACCCCGACACCCUUCUUUCUGGAGCUCCUGGCCGACGUCUUGUCCAAACCUGGUCCGGUUCCGCUCCCUCUGCUCGAGAGCCUUACUCUGGUGUUCGGCGGUCCUCCCGCGUGGCUCGUCGGCUUCGAGGCGGCGUUCGCGCGUCUUGCAGACGUGCUCGUUGGAGACCACGACGAUGCGGAGGACACGUCAGACUGCACGACGGCGAGGCGGUACCCACGAUUCUCGCGCCUGGACGUACGAACGGUUUCCCUCAAGACGCUCGCGCCGUUUUUCGAAGACGAUAGCGAGAUGAAAUUCUAUCGUGACAGGCUAGAGGCUGAGAGGCUGUAUGUGAUUCUCCCAAUGCUUGUGGGCUUCGUGGAGGCGGGUGUGCAUGUCGAGGUUACUUGCGUUUGA